AUGUCGAGGGACCAGAAUGGAACCUGGGAGAUGGAGAGCAGUGACAACUUUGAUGGCUUCCUGAAGGCCCUGAAUAUGGAUUCCACCACCCGCAAGGUCUUCAAAAUACUGGGUCACAUAAAGAUCAUUGAGCAAAAUGGUGAUCACUUUAAGAUAAAAACCAAAAGCGUAUUCCGCAAUGAAGUGAAUUUCACAGUUGGAAAGGAGUUUCAUGAGGACACGAAAGACCUUGACGUCCGGGAUGUGAAGACCCUAGUGACCUGGGAUGGAAAUGUCCUCGUGUGUGUGCAGAAGGGGGAGAAGAAGAACCGUGGCUGGAAGCAGUGGAUUGAGGGGGACAAGCUGCACCUGGAGCUGACCUGUGAAGACCAAGUGUGUCACCAAGUGUUCAGGAGGACGUAA